GUGGAAGUAUGCUAAUGCUACUCCCCUUUAACAACAGUGUUUCCACUUAUCGUAAGCCUAACGUUUGGAUGUUAGGACCAUGGCGGUAAUUGCUCCUCUUGGGUCGGACUUUCAGAUAGUUUCAGUGAGGGGAGGAUCAUGUCGAGGAGGGGAAAAUACGUCUACGAGUGAAAAAUGGAGAGCUGCCCCGGUCCGCUGAGCUGAAAAAUGGGAGCAAGGGCUUCAGUAUCGCUCUGUAGCGACUCAUCUUCAGUGACAAUCCUGAGGCCCAGCGCUAAAGUUAGCCCAGAGCUCAUCGCUCCCACCAUGGUUUCAGAGCCUGAACUGGCUGGCAAGUGUGUGUUUGGUGUCACCUUGGAAACACUGAGAGAAGAAGGACAGAUGGUCUGUGGAAUACCCCGUGUGCUAAGAGACAUGGUGGAGUUUCUGGAUAAGAAUGGAAUGCACCACAGAGGUCUGUUCCGUCUGUGUAGUUCAGUGGCACGUAUCAGGCAGCUAAGACAGCAGUGGGACUCUGGGGAAAGGGUGGACCUGGAGCAUGAGGGAGAUGUCCCCACUGUGGCCUCACUCCUCAAACUUUUCCUUCGGGAGCUACCCACCCCCAUAGUUCCUGAAACCCAACGCAAACAGCUGGUUCUGAGCCUCACAGGAUAUGCAGAUGAGGCGGAAAUGAACCAUUCUCUGAGAGAAAAUCUUCACCACCUCCCUGCUGACAACCUCAUUAUUUUGUCUUACCUCAUCCACUUUCUGUCCAGAGUGGCCGCUCACAGCCAAUCAAAUCACAUGCCCGUGGAAAAUCUGGCAACCAUCUUUGGGCCUUGUAUAUUUCAUGUCCCAGCAGGACCCAGGAUGCUAGAAGAGCAGAGUGUGUGUAAUGGCCUCUUGCUCCAUCUUCUCCGGCAUCAGAGGGUUCUCCUUCCAAUCCCAGCCAAGAACACGGGGGCCUCCUCCGUCGCCUCCUCCUCACCCCCUCCUCCUAGUCUCUCUGCUCUUUCACGCUUUGAGGUCCGACCUAGCAGCUGUCACUCAGAGCAGAGUAAUGUGGACAGGCUGGAGGGAGAGACCACAUCAGUCUCAGUGACCAGAGCUUUUAACCAAACAAUACGGAUUCAGUCUCAACUCAACAGUCCUGACACACUGGCGCAGUGUUGUGAAACCAGCUCUGACGUCAGUGCUGACAUUCAGAAGCUGAUUCCAGACCAGGAAGAUUUGGAUGAGAAAGGUGAAAGUAUGGAGGCAGGCUGUGCUCUCCCCCGCCCCACUGACCCAGGGCCAGAGCAACAUCCGCACCAGAGCAGACCAUCUCAAAAUGUCCAAGGGGAGCAACCGGAGUUGGUGUUUAACACACAAGGGACCUUUUCACAGAUGUCACUAUUCGAGUCCAUAUCAAAGGAGAAAGAUGAGGCAGAAGUCAACGAGGUAGAGGAUAGAAGGACACUUUCCUCACCCAUCAAAGAUGACUGUUCAAUGGCUUCUACAGAUGCAGAGCAGACAUCAUCUGUUUCAGACUGCUGCAUAGUGAAUGAAUCACAGAGAAAAACCCAAUUGCAGAGUCACCACACACAGAGUCUGCUGUGCUGCAUAGAGCAUAAGACAGAGGACAAAACCAAACUGUCUGAAUGGAAGGGCAGGAGAGGAGGAGGAUUUAGUGGUUCUCCUGACAGACACAAUGAUUACAGAGCCAGGGACAACAGCUAUGACAGCCCCUCCCUCAAGCUACAAGCCCUGGAGACUGACUUGGGACCCCAUCCGGCAUUGGUAGACCCCCAAGUUCGGGACAACCUACCUGCCGAGCAACAGCCUCUUUCUACUGAAGAGCAGAGCCUGCAUUUGACCCACAAGCUGCUCCUCCACUCGCCACCAUCGCCACCUGUUCAGGAUAACACAGUGGACUCAUCACAGACGGUACACACCCCAUCCCCUCAGUCAUCAGAGUCCAGUCCUUCCCUCUCCACUGCCACUCUUUCUAAGGAAAUUUCAGGGGAUGAUACGCCAUCGAGUCCAGCAGGCCUUAACACCAGCCCGCUACUCUCUCGUUUUACGACGACCGACUGCCCCGUUCCCUCGCCACGCUGCCCCAAUCUCAGCCACAGCCUGCGGUACAACUUAGACCCAGAUACAGCCCCUUCUCCACCAUGUUCACAGCACAUACGCAUGGCUCGUUGUGGCGUCCAUACAGAGCCAGAUGAGGGCUCUGCGUCCAUCUCAAUGCUCAACAGACACAUCCACACCCUAAGGAAGAGGAUCAGGCAUUUUGAGGAGCGGUUUGAACAGGAGAAGCAUUAUAAGCCGGCCCAUAAUGACAAGACAGCCCAUCCAGAGGUAGCCAGACUGAUGAAGGAGCUCAUCAAGAGUCGCAAGCAGCUUAAAGAGCUAAAGCUGAGGCAGUCAGAAGAAGGGGGGCUCAGAGGGCAGGGGCUUUUUAACCCACCAGCCGAAACAUGCAGGAACAACGUAGACAAAAGGGAGGGAACACUAACAGGAACUGAGCUUCAGCAACUUAACAACAACAGCAACACCAAGCCAAAUGUGGAGGAAACAGUCAACAUUAUAACCAACAGACUGAAGGAGAGACGACGAGAGCUGGGCCUGCCUGAGAGCAUUAAGGAGAUGUCUCAUUACCAGAUGACUAUGGAGAAGACCAGCAUGCAGAAGUGUUUGCUCUACUUUGAGAGUCUGCACGGACGACCGAGUACCAGGCAGGAGCGGACUCUGAUGAAACCUUUCUACGAUCGGUACCGUCUUCUCAAGCAGCUGCUGCUUUUUUCUUCUACUUCAACAGUCAUAACAACCAUUGAGGAAGAAGAGGGCUCGGAUGAAGAGCGUCCCAAACAGCGAAGCCCCAGGCAGCAGCCACCGAAACCUCCCAGGUGUGUGUUCUCUGACGACUCACUGCAUCUACCUUCACUAGAAAUGUCUGAAACACCUCUCGUGUCCCCACUGGAGGAGGUGAAGAGUCUCCAGCCGCAGAUCAUCACCAUGGCAUCAUUACACGAAGCUUCCAGACCAGAAUUACUGGAUCAGCUCAGGAUGGCUCGAUUGGAGAAGCGGAGGCUUCACCAAACACUCAGAGAGUUUGAGGACCAUUUCUACGCACAGACUGGCAGGGCUUGUCAGAAGGAGGACCGUGGACCAAUGGCGGAGGAGUACUGUCAGUAUAAGAACCUCAAAGCAAAGCUCCGUCUACUGGAGGCCCUGCUCAGUAAACAACAGGACUCAACCAAGACCAGUUGAGUUAACUCACAGUGGGACUUCUAUCUAACUUAACAGGACUCUAUCCUAUCUGGAAAAUCAGGUUGAGAAGCCAAUGGGUCUGGUCUUUUUUCAUGCCAUGCUAUUAUGUUGAUGCAUACGAGGAAAACAGUAAUGGAAACUGGAUGACAGUCUGACUGAAAUGCUGGGCAACUGUUUUUCUAGUCCCCAAAACACAUCCCUUGUCAUUGAUGACGUAUCUUAUAAACCCGAUGUAGCAAGUGUAUGUUAUGUAGCACUAAUCUGUGUCAAAGACAAAGAGCUGUAACAUCUUCUUGUUAGUUACAUAUUAGUAAUUUUAAGAUUACUGUACAUAUAUUAUGGCACUUUGCUUUUGGAAACUGCAUUUUUAAGUGCUAUCUUGGCAAAAAAAGGUGUAAGCUUAAAUGCAAUCAGUGAGACAAUCUUGUAGUUUUUGUGCAUGACAGUUUUUUUAGUCCUGCAUUGUGCUAUGAUAUGCAUUAAGAAUUUCAUAGUUGAUUUAAAUUGUGACCAUUCAGUUUACAUGUUCACCUUGGAAAAUAUGUGAAAGUUUGUGAACCUUGUCAUCGUAGUGCAAGUUAUAUCUGCUGUCAAUUAUCCACAUUUUGCCUGUAUUAAGAUAAUUCCCCCUAAAUGCCAUUGUUGACAAUGAUCAGAGCUUUCAACAUUGUGCACUUCUGGUUUAUAUAAUUUUCUAUAUAUAUAUAUAUGAAUGUAUCAAUAAAAAUAAAUAUUUUUUCACAUUUAUUCUGCUAAACACAGUUUAUGGUUCUACUUUCUUUCUUUCCACAGACUACAAUAAAAUAAGAGCAAAUGUUGCAGAAAAG